GGAGGCGCUGGGAGAGAAGGGUGCUGUGGUCUGAGCUAAAGGGUGAAGCUGGUGGAGCAGGAGGAUGGGCGAGCAGUCUGAAUGCCAGAAUGGAUAACCGUUUUGCUACAGCAUUUGUAAUUGCUUGUGUGCUUAGCCUCAUUUCCACCAUCUACAUGGCAGCCUCAAUUGGCACAGACUUCUGGUUUGAAUAUCGAAGUCCAAUUCAAGAAAAUUCCAGUGAAUUGAACAAAAGCAUCUGGGAUGACUUCAUUAGUGAUGAAGCAGAUGAAAAGACUUACAAUGAUGCACUUUUUCGGUACAAUGGCACUCUGGGAUUGUGGAGAAGGUGUAUUACCAUACCCAAAAACACACAUUGGUAUAGCCCACCAGAGAGGACAGAAUCAUUUGAUGUGGUCACACAAUGCUUCAGUUUCACACUAAAUGAGCAGUUCAUGGAGAAAUUUGUUGAUCCUGGAAACCACAAUAGUGGGAUUGAUCUACUUCGGACCUAUCUUUGGCGUUGCCAGUUCCUUUUACCUUUUGUUAGCCUAGGUUUGAUGUGCUUUGGGGCUUUGAUCGGACUUUGUGCUUGUAUCUGCCGAAGCUUAUAUCCCACCAUUGCUACGGGAAUUCUCCAUCUCCUUGCAGGUCUGUGUACACUAGGCUCAGUAAGUUGUUAUGUUGCUGGAAUAAAACUACUCCACCAGAAACUACAGCUGCCUACGAAUGUGUUAGGAGAAUUUGGAUGGUCCUUCUGCCUGGCUUGCGUCUCAGCUCCAUUGCAGUUCAUGGCUUCUGCUCUCUUCAUUUGGGCUGCUCAUACCAACCGCAAAGAGUAUACCUUAAUGAAGGCGUAUCGUGUGGCAUGAGCAGGAGGCUGCCUACUCUACACUUGCCAUUUUUAUUAUCUUUUGAUAAUAUUUCCCUUUGUUCCCUCUCAAUUGUUUUUAAUUUUAUUUUUUUCUGGAUAUAUGAUUUUCAUCCUGAAAAUCCAUUUUAUUUAUAUAGAAAUACACAUAAAU